CCGCGUCUCCGCCUCUUGAGCUCUUUCCUUUAAGGCCGCCCUGACCACCAACAGCCCACCGGUCGCUCCUCUAUCUCCUCUCCUUCCGCCGGAGAUGCGCCGGAAACCGUGAGGUUGCCGGCGGGGAACAAUGUUCACCGUCAAAUCCUGGUUGGCGCGCCUGCGCAGCCAGGUUUUGGAGGGGCGGAAGAAGAACCAGAAACAGAGCCAGAAGAAGGGCCGCCUUACGGAGCCCGAGCGGCCGCCCGGGCAGAUAGGAAUACUAUCCCUUGAGGUCGCCAAGAUCAUGUCCAGGAUCGUUUACCUCCACCGCUCCCUCGGCGACGACGAGAUGUCGCGGCUCCGAUCGGAGACGAUGGAGUCGGAGGGCGUCGCGUCGCUCAUCUCCCGCGACGAGGGGUUCCUUCUCGGCCUCGCCUGCGCCGAGAAGCUCGAGGACCUCGGCCGGAUAGCCGACGCCGUCGCGAGGCUGGGGCAGCGGUGCGCGGAGCCGAGCCUGAGGGGGUUCGUGCACAUAUACGCCGAUUUGGCGCGCGACGGCACGGGGAUCGGGGAAUUGGGGUUCCCGGCGGUGGAGGUCGACGAGAGGGUGAGGUCCAUGGAGACUUACGUCUCGCUCACCGCCGAUCUCUUCGUGGAGCUCGAGACGCUGAAGGAUAUGGAGGCGUCGGACAAGAGGAUGCAGCAAUGGCGGGCGCUCGGCGGGCCGAAGGCAAACGUCGAGCUUUUCAGGCAGAAGUUCGCGUGGCAGAAGCAGCGGGUCCGGCAUCUUCGUCAGGUAUCUCUUUGGAACCAGACCUUUGAUAUGGCCGUCGGGCUAAUGGCUAGGAUGGUCUGCACGAUCUACGCCAGGAUCUGCUUCAUCUUCGGCCCUCACGUUCCCGGAUUACCCAAGGUGAGCGCCAUCGUGAUCAUGCCUGUGGCUUCCGGUGGGAGCGGUCGAAAUUCGGGGUCUCGUUCCAUAGUCUUUCCCCGCGCGUCGGAUUGUGCUUUCCGUUUCCCAGAAGCUAGACCGAGGGGAAACUUUUCCGGCCCCUUGGAGAGGACCUCAACGGCAAAGAGUGCUGGUGUCACUAGGUCUGGGCCGCUUUUUCAGAGCAUCGGAUCAGGCCUUGCCGUAAAGAGCGGGGAUUUGACGGCAUUUUACUCGGACAGCUUGUUCCGCUCCUCAGAUGUCAAGCACAAACAGAGCGUUCGAUCGUCUAAAAUUCACGAUUUUGGUCCAGAAGAUGGAUCGGAAACCCAAAAUUUUCACUUCUUGGAGGGUCAAGGAUGGGUGCCGGGGCAGAAGAACCGAUUAUUGAACGCUUCUCCAUCGACCGUUGGUGGUUCCGCUCUGGCUUUGCGCUACGCCAACGUCAUACUUCUUGUACAGAGGUUGAUUCAAUUUCCUCAUAUGGUCGGCGAAGAUGCCAGGUGCGAUCUCUAUCAGUUGCUACCCACAAGCCUGCGAGCGAAAAUCAAGACGAAGCACAGGCAGCGCGGAAUGAAAAAAGAAUCCGCCGACUGCGACGAUCAGGCUGCCGAUUGCUGCAGAGAAAAGCUUGAAAACAUCUUGGAGUGGCUGUCGCCGCUAGCUCACGACAUGGUCCGCUGGCAAUCCGAGCGGAAUUUCGAGCAGCAGCAGUUUAUCUCCAGGACCAACGUUCUGCUUAUGCAAACUCUCUACUUCGCCGAUAGGGAGAAGACGGAGGAGGCUAUGGCGGAGCUCUUGGUAGGGCUCAGUUUCAUCUGCCAUUAUGAAAAUCGCCGGUCUGCUAGUGAAGAUCUUAACGUGGUUCUCGAGCGUUGAUGCUGGUGACAGCGUCUCCAAGCGUGAAACCGGAAAAGUCAGUUUUCUCGUUAAUUGUCGUAGGAAUUCCACAAUUUUCAGGAAGUUCGAUGCAGCAACAAUGCGUGUAGUUCGUCGAAAAGAGUGUCGUGUGCGUAAAGAAUCAGCUCUUCGUCGUGGUACAUCUUAUGAGAGGCCUAUACAGAGUCUCCUAAUUACUUUUCCUUUUACAGGUUUGAUUCUUUCGGUGUAUAUAAUUUUUUAUAUUCUCGAAAGUUUUAUGUGGAAAGAAAUUCUUUGCUGAUAAUAAUAUCUCUAUAAAAAACCCGAUGUGGUUUGAUUUGUUGUAAAUGUAUAAGCUCUUAAAUCUCACCAACAUGCAGCUUAUCUUUGAGAAUA